AUGAUGAACAUUUUAGCUUUGAGUUUAUUCAUAACUUCACUCACAACCGCAAGCAUUUUCUCACCAAAUCCAAAUCCAAACCAAAAACAUCAACAACAACCAAACACAAUCAUCAAAGAAGGACAUAGAGUUGUUGUCGUUGAAUAUGAUCAAGAUGGUCACCAAAACACCAAAAUCUCAAUCUCACCCGAGCAAGAUCUCACAAACAUCGAUUCAAGUUUCAUAGAAAACACCAAAGACAGAAUCAAACAAACCGCUUCUGUUCUUCCAAACAUCGGUCAAGGAAUCUCUCAAACUCAAGAUUCAUCAUCCUCUUCACAUUAUAAUCUCCACACUCCUAACGCCAGAGAUGCAAAAGAGCUUAUAUGCGAUGCCUAUGGGAAAUGCAAAAACAAAAUCUCAAACGCAAUGGAGAAAGCAAAAGACAAAGCUUCCGAGACAAUAGACAAAAAGAAAGAACUCGACAACGAUGUUGUGGAGGCUUUCGACAAGGCGAAAGAGAGAGUUUACGACAAAGCAAACGAGGCGAAAGAGAGAGUUUAUGAUAAAGCAAACAAUGUUCAUGAAUACACAAGAGAUUCCUUGGAAAAGGCGAAGGAAACGGGACAAACGGUUAAGGAACAUGUUGUUAGGAACGUGACAGAGGCGAAAGAUGGAGUGAAGAAGUUUGUGCCUUUAGAAAAUGUUGAAUCUGUGAUGAGGGUUGCUAAUUUGUUGGGAUUUGCGAGUGGUUAUGGGAUGUGUGUUUGGAUAACUUUUGUUUCAAGUUAUGUUUUGUCUAGGGUUAUGCCUAGACAACAAUUUGCUGUGGUGCAGAGUAAGAUUUAUCCGGUUUAUUUUAGGGCUAUGGGUUAUUGUUUAGGAGUUGCUUUGUUGGGUCAUGUUUUUGGACAUGGGAUGAGACAUGGUAAGAGUGGUGGAGUUUUGCAAAGUUGGAACCUUUUAGGUUCUCUUUUGGCUGUUUUUGUUAAUUCUCUUUACUUGGAGCCUAGAGCCACUAAGUUAAUGUUUGAAAGGAUGAAAAUGGAGAAAGAAGAAGGAAGAGGAAGAGAAGAUAUUACAACUGUUGAACGUAACAGAACAGAAGAGCAUCUAAGUUCACCUGAUCCUAAAAGAACAUAUGCAACUACAACUGCCAAUCUUGUUACAGAAGGAACAGAAUCUCCAGCACAAAGAACAGAUCACGAGGUUGUAAGAGCAAAGAUAAUGAAGCUGAAUAACAAGUUGAAGAAGUUGAAUUCAUAUUCUUCGUUUCUCAACAUCCUCAACCUCAUGUCUCUUACUUGGCAUCUGGUUUAUUUGGCUCAAAAUGUUCACCAAAUUUGCUAA